UCAGAUAUGAUGCUUAGAGGUAAGCCAUGGUCACGCACGACUUGGUCAAACACGAUGUCGACGACCUCACGUGUAUUGAUGGCAUAGCGGCAUGGAACAAAGUGUGCGCGCUUGGUGAAGCAGUCGACGAUGACCAGGAUAGCAUCAUGACCGCGGGGGGUCGGAGGUCGAAGAGGACCGAUAAAGUCCAUCGAGAUGGACUGCCAACGACCCUCAGGGAUAGGAAGAGGCUGGAGCAAACCAUAAGCCGCGCGUUGGUCAGUGGAGAAGGAGGAGGAGGAGGCAGAGGAGGAGGAGGAGAAGGAGGAGGAGGAGGAGGAGGAGGAGGAGGAAAGGAAGGUGAGGACGAAGAAGUAGACGAGGAGGAGGACGUGGAUAUGGUGGAGAAGAUGGCAGUAGAAGAAGAAAAGGAGGAAAAGGGGGACGAGGAGGAGGAGGAGGAGGAGGAGGAGGAGGAGGUGGGGGCUGGACACCUACCACGGCGAUGGCAUGCUCCCUGCGAGGCUGCGCCGACGUCGACGAUGGCAACGGCUGCAUAUUCAUACAUGGACCGAGAGGCGGUAAUGAUACCGUUCAAGUACGACGACAUGGAAGACGUUGACUCCUGGAUCGGCUCCAUUAGAGCUUACUUUGAGGUACAGGGCACUCAAAGAGUGAACCAGUCCUUGAUCCUAGGGACAAAUGUCGAGACUGUUAUGUGGGGCUUCCUAGAAGUCCAAGCUAUGCAAGUUGGGUAUGCUAAGCUCGAUCUGACAGAGUGGCUUAAAGUCACUCUGGUAGCCGCUCUCGAAGAAGUGUUGAUGACACAAUAUAAUGACCUACAUGUUGUAGCAACAGUAAGGAUCGAACUUGAUGACCUCAAGCGCAACAAGUGGCAGGGCACCAUGCACAAGUUGCAGUUACAUGUCAGCAAACUCUUUGCUACACCAGGGUUGAAAAUGACUGCGCAAUCAUGCUUCGAUGUAGUGAACGGCACUCAUUUCCGGUAUGGCACCAUUUCAUGGCGGCCAACUUUUGUCAAGCCGUUGGAGAUAGAGUUCACUUAUGUGGGUGCCUACCGCAGAGACUACCACUGGGGCAGAGACUUUGCAGAGGGAUGGAUGGGUCCUUCGGGUGUGUGGAGGACGAAUGCGACACAGACAUUCAACGAUAUCAACCAGGACUACACCAACGGUUGGAAACUGAAGUUCCCGACGGGAAUGCUCCAGGUGUGGCAGCCACUGAAGGAAGGGAUUAUGUGUCCAUCUCCAUUCGACUCUGGAGUGAAGCCUUUGUGUGGACCUGGGCAGCCAGAGGGGACAAUUGUGCCACAUCCGCUCGUAGACGGUGAGAACAACCUCAUCUACCCGGCUGGUUAUCCCUGCAAGAAUGCAACGACAAACAAGGAGAAGGCCAGCAUCGAUUACUGCGCACCUUGGAGUGAGGCAUACGGCUUCUUCUUUGGGGAUGGUGAGACAUGGGACAUGGAGCUGACAAUUGACGCCGUCAACUUUGAAACGAAUCAACUGGGAAACUACCUCCGUGGACACUCCGUGUUUCGUCACAGGUACAAGGCGCCAAAGAACCUGGCCUUCAACACCCCUUGGGUGGCCUACUUCACUGGUGGUAACAGGAUCCGGUCCCUCAACAACAAUAAGGAAGGGCGGUACAGGCUAGAGACCACCGUCAACAUUCAAGGUCCAAAUCGGUCCCCCAUCGCCACCAACAUCCCUGUCCUCCCGGUUCCAUAUGAGCAGUCUGAGAAUGCUACGUUUCAGAUUGCCGCAUUUGACCCAGAUAUCGAUCCAGACAUUUUGGAGACCGAGAUACUGCACUUUCGCCUGGGAACACAGCGCGAGAUGGGCAUGCUCCUGGCCAAUGCCAACCCUCGCUUCGACCCAAACCCGAACAGCUCCAGCUUCCGCACGACCUUUGUGUGGUACAACCGGACAUACCAGGCCUUGAAGGAGUGGAACAUCAGGUACAAGUGUGAUGGGAACUGCAGCAAUUGUCCCAUGUUCUGGAACUGUUCAAUGAUGCCACCGUGGAACACCGAGGUGAAUAUGGCGAAUUCCCCGCCCAGGAUCUCCAUUGAAGAGUCAACAGGGAUUGUGACAUGGGUGACGGGGCAAGGGCCAUAUGAGAUCGGGCAGACCGGAAUACUGCCAUUGCGGCCUGGAUUCUAUAACUUGGUGGUGAUGAUCGGAAGCAACUCUCGAGACACGUCACCCAAUGCUACACAACUGGUGGAGGUGCCUCUUGACUUCCUGCUUUAUCUGUACCCGAGUAUGCGUUACUGUGCCAAAGGAUGUCUCAACAUGCGUCCUGGGAUACAUACCUUUCGUGACAAGGGCCUUUACGGACAUGCUGACAAACAAAAUGACACAUAUAGCAAUGGGACAGCUUGGUUUCCUUAUAGGCGCUGGUACUACAACUCUGCUGGAACGGGCAAGUGCACCAUCUGUGGGGGUGGGUGGGAGAGAAGGGAGGCAAUUGCUAACCACACAGUCUGCCAGCCACCAAAUCAGAGGAGUUGCGGAAACAAGGACUGCCCUGGUAUAUGGCUGGACUCCAAACAGGAGCCUGUUGACAAGGAUGAAAAUUGCAGGGACAAUGGGAAUGGGGGUGUGCCUCGGUCUCUGGUACCGUUGAACAGCACAUGCAAAAUUAAUCAGCCCCCAGUGUGGGUGGAGAAUGGUACCACAGGACACCCACGUGGAGACACACCACCACAAGGAGUGGUCAUCAAGGUGAAAAGGGGAAAGCCUGUCACAUUCCAACUUGUCGCGCAUGAUCCUGACGACUGUACAGAACUGUCAAUCGACAGCACUGGGUUGUACCUUGGGACUGAUUUCGUAUACCCCAACACUGCUCCAGCUGGCAUGAGGGGCAACAUGGCCAACGAAUCCUGGGACAUGCAGCUUGAGGAGACCAUAAGGGACCCACCUUCCCUGACCAUCAGUGGAUUCCAGGGAAGGCAGAUACGGAGGACAUUCACUUGGCCGGCACCCUUCGGCGGUGAGGAUGUCGAUCCUCGGCCCAACUCGGCGACGGUCUGCUUCUACGCCUUUGACAAUUACAUCAUCAGUAAGUUCCGCUGCAUCACCAUUCAGGUGCUGGCCAGCAGGCCGGUCAUGUGGAUGGAUCAGCGCGAUAAUUUGCCUGCAGAGUUUCGAGGCAACACUCCUUUCAACAUGACGCAGUUCUAUGUCGUUCCAGGAAACACGCUGGUGUUUAGAAUGGCAGCAAUACAACUGACGGGUCUGAACCCCCUGUUUGUGGAGCUGACUCAAGGAACGCUGCCUGAAGGUGCUACUUUCAACUAUGAGAACAGCACUCUGGACGACCCUGUGGCCCGUAUAUUUAUCUGGACACCAAAGCCAGGCCAGGAGUGUGAGUACAGACUCUGCUUCGAUGCCAGGAACAGCAACCGACCGGUUCCUGAUUGGACCAAGACGGUUCCGCUGGACCCCAAAGUGACCUCCGACGAGCGAUGUUACCUGAUCCAUGUCACAGACACUGUGCUGGACUUUACCGGAGGAGGUUAUGUGGAUGUUGGCAGGGUGGUCCCCACCCUGAGACCACCUUGUGGAAUGAGCAUUGGCGGUUGGUUUUAUCCCCGAGGUGAUGGUGGACCGGAGCAGAACCACACCAUGCCACUCCUUACGGCAGGCUACAAGAUGCCAGAUGAACCUUUCACCAUUGUUCAUGGGGUUUGGUGGCAGAGGGAAAUCCUUAGGACUCACUACUACAGCAAUGACAGCGUUGCGUUUAAUGUGAGCGAUAGGUUCCGGGUGGCCUACUUUGAUACCCACGGUAAGAAACUUAGCACACCCAUGUUUUGCUACAGGCAGUGGCAUUUCAUCAUGUUGACCAUCUCUGCUGCAGGUGAGGUGGUUCUCUAUGUGGAUGGUGUAGAUCAGGCUCGCUAUGCAAUCAACGACCGGGAAUGGCAUCAGUACCUGAGACUGACAGAUGCGCUGAAGGCGGAAGAGGUCGGAGGAUGGAUACCCCUAGCAGGGACGGCCUACCAACGCGCUCGUCGACAGGAGAGGAAAACCACACCUCAUCUAUUUAUCGGUUCCACCCCCGAUGUUGCCUUUGAUGGGCUAAUUGACGAGGUGAGAGUAUUUGCAAGGGCCUUGUCAGCUGAGGAGGUUCGCCGUCAGAUGUUCCAGGCCCUAGAUCCCCCAAAGGAAGUCAAUCUCACAGGCUACUACAAGUUCAAUGAUGGCUCCCAAGGUCUCCACAGCUUUAAUGUCUAUCCUAAGACGGUCCUUGUGAUCAACGACACUGGUGCUGAAAAUGUCACCUACAAGGAGCCGUACCAUGGAGAGAUGGAUGCUCGACUCUUCCCUUUGACAGACUACUCGGGCAAAGGCAAUGUUGGUACACUCUCCAUCGUGGGGAACUUGUCAUAUGAGUUUGUGACAACGCCCAUGUCUCCCAGCUGCACAGGAGAUCUGGUGCCCUAUAUUGCCCACCUCCAAGGUGGCACCAACAUCACCGUGCGGGGAGCGAACUUCGCAGAGAGCCAGUGGCUGAAGUGCUUCUUCAAUGGGAAGCCAGUUCCUGCAAAGUUUAUCAACCGGACUGCAAUAUCAUGCAAGGCUCCUCCUCUGGACUAUCCCUGCUCCGUUGCUGUGGAAACGGCGAACAACCACAAUGUUACCAAUAGCACCAUUGCGCUGUACUACCUCGACACUGCUCUGGUGCUCAAUGGAGAGGAUGAGUACCUUGCUGUCGGAUUGAUUGACGCGAACACCUCCACAGUGGGCGAUGGUGUAUACGAUAACCUGGAAGCAGUUACAGAUGGUUACUCGAUCGGGAUGUGGGUGUGGCCAUCAGGAGAAAUGGGACAAGAUGACAGAAUUGUCUUCAUGCUAACCUCGUAUGUUCCCACUGCAACUGUAAUCUCCCCAUUCUUUGGCCGGUCUUUGCUUGAAGAUGGGGCUCCACCAGAAGUCCCUCCGUUUGCAACCUUAAUCGGUGUUUACUAUGAUCCAGCCGAGAAUGUUUUUGAGUACUCAGACCGCAAGAAUGAGUCAUUUGCAGCAUCAGCCAGGGGCAAGAUCGUUGCCGAUCCUGACAUGUGGCACUAUGUGAUGCUGACCGUUACUUCUGAACGACUCGCCCGGCUGUAUGUGGAUGGAGAGCUGGAUGCUGAAUUCUAUUCCGCCCUCCUCCCAGUGGACCUAGGCCCCAAUGGGCAGUUCCACGUCGGAGGAUCCCACAUCUACUAUGAGGACCUGGAUGGCCCAGACGUCGAGGGUCUGGCUCCGACAUCCCUGCCUCUGCCUGCAGCUUUCAGUUUCGUAAUUGGUGCGACAUCCACAACAACGACCACGGGGGCAACCAACACUGACUCCUCUUCAUCAAAAUCAAUGGCUCUUAGUGCCAGACAUUCUCGGCAGGGGAGGUCAUCGAUCACAACAUCAUCAUCAGACUUGAACAUGAUGAUGCUGGGAAUGGCGGAGGCUCCAGAGUCUUCAAGUCCGUUUGAACCACUGGGAAAGAAAGAACACUUAGGGAGAGGACGCGAAGCUUGGAGCAGUACGCACCACCACUAUUAUCGCCACACUCGAAAGGCGGAAAGAUCCCUUCUGGCAAUAGGACCAUUCGGUGAGGGGAUGAACUUCGCUGGAAUGUUCAAAGACAUAACUGUAUGGUCAAGGAACUUGACAGCAUGUGAGGUGGUACAGGUCAUGCGCGAAGGGUCCCUCCAGCGGCGAGAUCUACUGCCCACAGGAGCCAGCCUUCAAGUAAAUCCAGAGGAUAAUCUUGUAGCACGCUACAGACUGAACCACAUCGACGGAUUGCAAGUCCAUGAUUCCUCUGGCCAUGAUAAUCAUGGCAUGGUCGUCAGCAACACAGCACAACGCUUGCCAUUGCCAGUUUGGAAACACACAACCCUCCCUUUCUAUCCUCCUUGCAUUGGCAGGGCAGUCCAGCGGCGUAGAGACUGUGCCUCCACGAAAGUAUACAUGGAAGGACCCGGAACUCAGGAACCUUGGACUCUUCCAAAUGUCUGCACAGGAUUUUACAGCAACCUUCGCACAGGAAUCGUAAGUCUCGAUGGCUAUGAGAACACGACCAUCAGUGGGUUCGGAUUUGCCAACAGCCCGUGGCUGCAUUGUGUAUUAGAGGGCACCCUCAUCCCCGCAAGAUUUCUGUCCUUUGCAGAUGUGGAAUGCAAUGUGCCGGCGCUGCCUCGAGUCGGGCGCUAUUCUCUGGGAGUGGCAAACAUGGGAUUGGAGCGUCCUGGCAAUCCUAUUAGGCUGAGCUUGGGAAAGGACUGGGAGAGCAUGACGACAGAUGAAAGAGGAAUUGCUUUGGCCUCUUACCUCUGGAAAGGGAAGCAAGAAAUCGCUGAUUCGUGCAACAAGUCCCUCACCAUUUUGCCAACAGAAAGUAAUAGCCCUACCGGAAAUUCUGCCUCCAACUCAACUCUUAUUCCUUCUGCGUCAGCUCCGGCUAUGGAAGUUUUCUACCCAGAAAGGAAGCUCACGGCGUUGGAGAUGGCUCCAUUUUAUGAUGGCAUAGCCACUUUCUUCGAGUCCGAGCAAACAAACGAUUUAGUGGCCAAGCAAGACUUCAGGGGAAUGACUUUCGGUGCUUGGUUCUUCCCAAUUGCGACUGACAACUGCUCUGAGCAGCCCAUCAUGUGCUUCACCUCAGAGUGCACUCCUUACUGGAAUGGCGCUGACUGGGCUGUAGAAUCUGAAAUGGAGCUAUGCUUGAUGACUCGUGGUGACCGAGUUUACCUCUACAGUGAUAAAGUGGACAGAUACGGGAGCUUUGUGUUCAACGAGACAUUAGCUCAGCAUGUUGAUGUGCAAUCAUGGCACCAUGCGGAGGUUUCGAUUGAGGCAAUCGAUAUUGAGCCGCCGCCAUUUGGCGCUUAUGGCAGAGAUGACCUUUUGGUCCUCAAGACUUCACUCAAAGUGGACGGAAAGAUCGUUGACGGCUACCCUUAUGACAUUCGGGUACCUGGCCUGCCAAACAAGAAUGGUAGCUUCUUUGUUGGGGGUGUCCGCUGCACGCUCCCAUCCUACGUUUCAGUCAAUGCCUCAGACAUUCCUGAUUACUUCCGUCCCGUUCCUGAUUACAAUCCAGAUGCUCCCUGCAAUCCGGAAAGGGACGACCAGAAGUUCUUCCGGGGAUACAUCGAUGAAGUUUAUGUGUACACAAAGACAUCCGGCAUGUUCGUCGAUCCGCCGUUCUCCCGGAUCCUUAACCAUACUGAUGACCUGGUCUAUUUCCGGUUCAAUCCUCGGCAAGGUCGAACUGUGAGUGACACGGUUUUUGUUCCCAAGGUGUUUGCCUUCCCUGCAGCUGACAGGCCUUCUGUGUUGGGAUACAUGAAAACAGUCGGGCAUGAUCAGACAUUCCCUGCACCUGUAGAGAAUGCAACACUGGAGUACAUAACGGCUCCCUGGGAGCCUGCUGUAAUUGAUGAAGAUCAGCGGCCUUCCACGUCACUCGAUGGGGGACCUGUUCUAAUUAAAGGGCUAAACUUUGCCAGGAGCGAGUGGCUGAGGUGCACGUAUUCUACAGUGGAGCUGAAUGCUGAGCACAACCAGGUCAUGCUGACACAUCCUCCUCGGUUCUCCCCAGCCACGCCCAAGGUGCUGCACCGGAACAGGACCUACCUUGGCCCUGCACAUUACAUGUCCAGUCGAACUGGUUUUAGCAUCUUUGAGGCUUUCUGCAAUGCCAGCGGUGCAGACCUACCUGGGGUUGCCGCAGUCCAAUUGGUAAAUCCGAGGGCGAUGCCCACCACAGCCGAGGUGCUAUUCAGAGAGCGUGCUCUCUCCUUGGGGGGAGAUGUGCCUACUGCUGUCAAGAUUGUAGGGGAUACAGUGGAUGAGCCUCAGGUGGUUAAAUUGGAAUGCCCGGCAGGAAUGCGGUUCGAGGAGGUGGUCUUUGCUAGCUUUGGCCGGCCCCACGGGCGCUGUGCCACCCAGAAGGCGUACUGCUGUGAUGGGAGGGAUUGCUCCCCCCCUUGUGAUACCAGCAAUCUUCAGAUCAACGAGAAGUGCCACAGUGAUAAUGACAGGCCAGAGAACUUCACGAAGAAUAUUUGGUCAACGAAAGACUUUGUGAUUGCCAACAAUGUGACAACAAAGUUGGCUGGGAGCAAUGCGUAUUCAUUCGGUGCUUGGGUGCUUCCCCGCAGCAAGGAGGGUUCCCAAGCUAUCAUCUCCUUUGGAUCUCUUUGGUCUCCUCAACCUAAUCGAGCACUACUUCAGUGGCGUGGCCUCACUGCGCACACAGGUGUCUUCUACUACUACGAUGACCUGAUAAACGAUGUGGUGAUGAAGCACCAGGACAUUGGGGAGGACCUGGUCUUGGCAAUGGACCAGUGGUACAAUGUCUUUGUGACUAUUGAUGAGGACAAUGAGGGACGCAUGUAUGUUAAUGGAUUUGAAGUUGCACAGUUCUCAACCCGCUCCAGGCCAGACACUUCGAACAUCACUGGCACCUUUAUCAUUGGGAUGGACCUUGACGAAAGACUCCAUCCAAACGAGUACUUUGCCGGUCUGCUAGAUGAGGUACAGAUCUACAACCGCUCUCUGUCACAGGACGAGGUUAUCAUGUUCAUGUGCCACACUCGGAAGAUCAGGGGAGAGCUGCAUGAGGGCACACAAGGCCUGGUCUCCUACUUCAGAUUCAAUCUAGAUGAUCCUCUGAUGGCCGAGACGGUGAUUGAUGACAUGAACCCCAUGGACAAGUACACACUUGCAAGGUCGACAGAGACGCAGUGGAAUCCACUGCUUAUGUCCUUCUUGAUGAGCAACGUAACACGGCCAGUGAUCCAUACUGAGUAUGAAUACAUUGGGGCCCCGUGGUUUCCAAGUGUGAUGAUGUCCAUCGACAAGGUUAAGGGUCCGCUGCUGCCAGGGAGGAAGAUUGUAGUCACAGGCGUGAACUUCGCUCCCAGGUCCACACAGGUGUUCAUCAAUGGGACAAGGCAUCUCGAUUGGACGUACAUCAAUGACACCAACUUGGAGAUAAUGACAGUCACAGGCGUGGGAGGAAGUCACAUCGAGAUACAACUAUCCAAUGGAAAUGUGGGAGCGUGCAAUGGCGUGUCCAUAGGUUCUGCUAAGUACACACGGGAACCAGGGAUGGAGGAUCUGGUGCAGGGGUACUGUGCAUAUUAUCCUCUGGAUGGAGGAGUUGCUGAGGAUACCAGUGGCUAUGGCCGCCAUGGACGUGUGAUGGGUGGGCGGCCAACCGAAAACCGAGAUGGGUUGAGGGAUCAAGCCAUGCACUUUGCACCUGGGCAAUACGCUGAGAUACCUAUCUGUGCACCAGGCACAGGCAUGACUGUCGCUCGGCCAGGACUUACUAUCACGGGCUGGUUCUUCUUUGACGACUUCCCUUUCCCAGAAUACCAAGGUUGUGAUGGCCAUGGCAUUGCCGCUCUGCAUGGAUGCCAGCUGGAGGAGGAGGGCUAUGUUCUCCGGGACGCAUGGAAACACGUUGCUCUGGCCGUCACGGACUUAGAAACGAGCCAAGGAACCAUCUAUGUGAAUGGGAGGGAGUUAGCUUCUGCUUCACGCACUGAUUAUGCAGCUCCUCUCCUGAAAAUUCUCAAUGGCACGAUUGGUGGUGGCGAGUUCUCUGGGAAGAUCGAUGAUAUCCGGAUCUAUUCACGGCUUCUCGAUCCCAUGGAGAUUAUGGCCAUGUACAGAACACAGGAGUAUGCGCUGGAGUUUGAGCCCGGUGAGAAUCGUACAGGUCAUGGUGCUGUCAUAGUUGCGCGACAUGUAGAUAUUCCAGCAGGCAUGCGAGGCUUGGUUGCAGUUUUUGCUGAUGAAACAGGGAAGUCCGUCACAAACAUUGUGCCCACGGUGGACAACAACUUUGGCUUGGCUUCCCCCUUCGAGGUUCUCAGCAGUGAUGGAUGGUCGGUUCGCUUCACUGGUUUUGUAUUUGCACCUUACACUGCCGAUUAUGUGUUCAUUCUUCGGGCGGAUGAUAGUGUCCAACUCUCAGUAGGUGACAAACUGCUCAUCAAUGACACGGAGUACAGUGGCAGUGAAAGGAAGGAGCGGGGCAAGAUCCACCUGGACAAGGGGAAAUGGUACCCCAUCAGCCUCAAUUACACAGACAAGCUGAGUGGCUCCUCAUAUCGCCUGCAGUGGAGGACAACCAAUGGGAGGAUCCCGCUGCAGGUCGUCCCCCAACGGUACCUGCGUUCAGGAAAGGGGCCCUUCAUGGUUGAAGUCUGGGUGUACCCCUAUACGGUGGAUGGAAAGCACACAGUUGUGGGGAAAACACUGGACAAUGGUGCAAGUGGCCUAGCCAUUGGCAUAGAAGAUGGUGCUGUCAGUGUCGGUGUGUAUGUUGGCUGUGAAUGUGCAAGUGCCAACCCUCUGCACAAGUGUCUGUCCUACCGUCAAGCACGGGUUGGGAAAGCUGCCAUUGUCCCACAUAAGUGGCAGUUGAUCGGGGCAGGCUACAGUGGUGACAAGUGGGAGGUGUAUGUAGAUGGGUGGCUGAGAGACACAAUAAAGUACGACACCACAGAGUACUUCGUCGAAAGCAGCCAGCCACUGCUUCUGGGAGUGGAGUCCCUUGUCCCUGGUGAGGAGCAAAAGCCGUGGACCGGCAAGGCGGGAACAUGGCCGUUCCAUGGUCUGAUCGAUUCAGUUGUCGUCUACAGCCGUGCAGGCUUCAGUCAGACCAAGAUUGUGAAGGAUGCAGAAUGCUUCUUUGACGUUGGCCCGCCAGAGUACCUAGCUGCCCACCUUAUGCUGAAUGAGGGUAUUGGACGUAAAGUUCAUCAGCUUGCUCUCUAUGACAGCGAAAACCCGGACAUUCCCAGCCUUUAUGGGGAUGGCACUCUGGUAUGGAUACCCGACCCAGAUGCAGGUGAAAGUGAGGGAACAUAUGGCAGUCGCAGUGGCUGGAAGAAAGGAGGAGAGCUUCCCUGGCCGCGAUGGGCAAACUCCACAGGGACGGAGUACAAAGCAGAUCUUGGCAAGUCCCUUGUUUCUGGAAUGGGACUGAAGGACUCUGUAGCUGGUGAGUGCGGUGUAUUCUCCAUUACUUCCCGUGAUAUCUGUGGCGCUCAGCUCAACUUUGGAGGAGACAACUGGACGGUGGGCGUUUUCGGACCUCUUCAUCUCAGCACGGAGGAGGUGGUACUGGUGGUUGGCAAUGGCAUUGUGGAUCACGGCGAUGGCACGUACACGGCUACUUAUCGGGUGCAACGAAGUGGCGACUACUUCAUCAGGGUGUUCCUUAAUGGAGAGGAGAAAUUGGGAACAAAAGCCCACGUUCAUCCUGGCAAAACGGCCGCAUCAAAAUCUUAUCUUUUCGGCUUCUUGCAAGACACGCAGAACCUGGAUGAGCUCCGUGACUCGCUGGUGGGAGCCCUGGUCGCGUUCAAGGUGCAAACGGUCGACCGAUAUGGAAAUCUACGGUUUACAGGAGGGGACAAGGAAUGGGCCUUCUUCUUCAGUGGGCCCUACUCCUUCCAUGGCAAUGUGACUGACCUGGACAACGGUCAGUACCAGAUCGACUACGUAGCAAGGGCAGCUGGGAAGUACCAGAUGUUUGCAUCUGUCUGCGGACAGCCCAUCUGCACAUAUGGGGGUGCGACGUGUAUGGAGGGUGCCUGGUCAGCCCGUAGCUACUGUACGAUUGAUGCAAAAGUCCCUUCACCCCUCAACAGCGACAAAUGCCCAUUCUGUAUCACAGUGAGGGAAGGCGGCUCCCUAAGCCUGCAACCAGAUAGCGUCUGGGCUACAUUCCCCGAUGGAAACCAUUUAGACCUGUCUAAACACUUCACUCUAGAGGCUUGGAUUUGGAAGCCUCGAUCUGAAGACUACUACAUCGAAGGCGUAUCUCAAUUUGGAAUUGCUCCCAUCCAGACCAACAUCACUGGCGGCAGGCAGUACGUCCUGUCAAAACAAUCCGAGCACUCAGGGAAGGGAUGGUGGUUGGCUCUCCUUCCGCUUGAGCCUGCUGGCCAGAACAACUACAGUGUUGAGGCAGGCGUUUAUGUGGGAUCAGAAGCUUUCCGCAUUCUGCGGACAGAAGGAAUGAAGUUGGAGCACUGGCACCAUUUGGCCGUGACCUACGACGGAAUCAAUCUGCGUAUCUUCAUCGACAGUAACCUGACUUCUGUGCUCUCGUUGAAAGACAAGCCGCCGCAGUAUCCACGACGCAACAGACAGCCAGUGCGGGUGGGAAAAGAGUUUGAUGGGCUGAUUGAUGAGGUGAAGAUAUUUGAUAUUGCGAAGUCGGAGGAAGAGAUUGCUGGGCCAGGUGCUUUCUGUCCGUCACACAUUCCGGAGGUUGGUAAGGGCACCCAGAAUCUCGUUGCCUACUAUCGGUUCAGCGACAGGGCGUCAACAUUUGCUCGGGAUUCCAGCGCAUGGGAAAACAAUGGCUAUAUAGGACUUGUAUGUGACACGGCCGACGAAGACAGGAAUGUCACCCUCACCUGUCCACCUCGUUAUCGAAUCGGGUCCAUUCUCUUUGCCAGCUUUGGGCACAUUGAUGGCACAUGUGGAAGCUAUGAAGUGGUGGAUGGAUGUGGCUCACCAUAUGUACGUGAGGUGAUGGAGAACCUUUGCCUUGGGCGUGAAUCCUGCACCAUGGUGGCAAACAGGACACUGUUUGGGAGACCUUGUCGAGGAGCGACGCUGACACUUGCUAUCAGCGCAUUGUGCGACGUGUUCCAGCCUUCAGAACCCUACCAACGGAACAAUGCACCCAGCAAAGUGGGUGUCGCGGAUGCAAGUAGCACAAGCAGCCCCAUGUGUGUCGGUAACAUGUGGUACCUCCUUCCAGAUCAGAUGCGUGGUGAGAUUAACUACAGUCCAGACUGUGCACAAUUCAGCAUGACCGAGGCAAUUGUUGGUCAGGGAAAGAGCUUUGCCCUUACGGCCGUUGAUGCUUGUGGUCUGAAUCGGACGAUAGGCAUGCAGCAGUUCUCCAUGUUGAUGCAAUUUGACGGGUAUGUGGAGUUCUUCCCCGCUGAGAAUCCCACUGCCGACAGGGUUGAGAUGUCCACCUGUUACCCAAGGGUGUCUCCACCGAUGGAUCUUGACACGAUCAAACGGACAUGGGGUGGUGCUUUUGGGGACGAUUGUGACCAGUACAAGCAUCUGUAUGUCUUUGAGUAUAUGCCGACUCGCCCUGGCACUGGGAAGAUUGUUGUAGGGGUGGAGGAUGCAACCAUUUACUCUGGGUACUUUGUCGUGGUUCCCGGACCCAUCUCUGGAAGCAGCCUGAUUGAUGGGCCAGGGCUAUCUGAUGCUUGGGGGGGAAUUCAAACAACCUUCAAUGUCAUUGCCCGGGAUAGAUUCGCCAACCUUGUCAAGUCCAAUAAGGAUAUGUAUCGGCUAACGGUAGCUGUUGCAGGGAGGAAAGCAGUGCGCAUGUCAUCUGCACUCAGGCAAGGGGAGCCAGGCAAGCUCGACGUCUUCAUCACCUAUCCAUCCGAAAACAACUACACAGUGGAAGUGCAGCUGGACAAUGUUACCUUCUUCUCCCACCUCGUGGCCGUCUCGAAGCCCAUGUUCCCCCAGCACAAGGUGACGGCGCUGGCAGAGGCAGGGCCCAGCACAAGGCCAGGCACAAGGUUUGAGCACUCUGGUGCAGCAUACAAAGAUAGCCUCUACAUUUUUGGGGGUGCCAAGCAUGACAAGAGUUACAUUGGGGAGACAUGGAAGCUUGAUGUCGGGCUAGUAACUCCUCAUCUCCCGACAUCGCAGCAGCUGCAGCAAGAGGAUAAACUGUCUCGUAGUAUUCUUGACGAUGAGGACAAGGGGCACUUCUCAUUCAGGGUCCCAAUUGAGGUGACAGGUCAUAACAUCAACAACUACACAGUUGAGGUUGUUGUGGACACCUCCUCUCUUGUUCUCAGUGGCAUGAUGCGUCCGGAUUGUUGGGAUGUCAUGUUCGCAACAUGGGAGGGUGAGGCACUGCAGUUCUGGGUGGACCCGGUGCCUGGCUGCAACUCCACUCAUUCCAUCUUUUGGGUCCGCAUACCAUCUGAGGGAACCUACUAUCUAUAUUUCGGGAAUGCUCGGAUCACAUCCCCUCCUGUGUCGAACUCCUCCAUCUUUGACUUCUUCGAGGAUUUUGAAGAUUACAAUUCAGGCUCACCCUUCCGCCGUUUUGUGUUCAACGACAGCAGCAGCAGCACUCACUUGACCACGACUGGCAACGACAACAGCAGCAAUCCCAUGGUAGUGGAGUCUCUGAAGGACGCAUGGGUGUUGGACGAGGUAAGCACGGACACAUGUUCUGGUCCCGAUUUCCAACGAGGAGCAGAGAGUUCCUUCAAGAUAGUUGACAGCAUUGCUGUUUCUGGUACCCAUAGUCUUCUUGUGGACACGCGCAAGGAGAUUGGUGGGUCCAUCAGCCGGAAAGUGACAAAGGCACUGACCAAUAGCAGCAGAUUCAUACUCAAAGGGUUCUUCUACGAUGGACUUUGUCCUGACGCAAGUCACUGGAUCUCACCUGACUUUGAUCAAUGCGAGUCUACCCAAGAGGAUAAGAAGACCCUCCUGCCCGUGCGCAAUGGGGUGGGCGUGCAUACAGCUUCCACUCACCAGCGAUAUGCAUCUAUGUACCCUUGGAAAGGCACAAGUGCAAAUAGGACGGUUGGCUGGCAUAGCUUUGCCAUCUAUGGUGGUGAUGAGGUCUUAAAGAUGUUUGUGGAUGGAAUGCAUGUUGCAAGGGAGAGCGAGCGCACAACCACUCUGAGCAAGAUCUUCCUCCGUGGUGGUGCCUUUGCGUAUGACAAGGAGGAGGGCAAUGGCUACUGGGAUGCUAUCUUCGUGCUCCCGUACGACUCGUCAGUCACGGCAAAAGCCUACGUCUCCAAAACGGAGCCGGUGCUGUGGAACCCCUCAAGGACCGGAUGGACUCAGAUUGUGCCAACUGGGCCAACCACUAGCCAUCCACCAGCGAGGCAGGGUCAUAGUGCUGUAGUCUACGAUGAUAAGAUGUGGAUCUUCGGAGGCGAAAGGAGUGCCUAUAUCUAUAACGACCUGUGGUCCUUCUCUUUCCAGGAUGAGGUAUGGACCUUCUCCCCUGCGUUGAAUGAGCCCCCACCCCCUCGGCAUGACCACUCUGCAGCUGUCUACAGGGAUGCAAUGUUUAUUCUCGGUGGUCGAUCCCCUUUGCCUUUGAGCGACUUCUGGAUGUACUCCUUCACCAACAGAACCUGGUCAAAAUUGGAGGAUGCAAUCUAUGGUCUGGGGAGGUUGUUCGGGCACACAACUGUUGUCAGCGGUAAUAUCAUGUAUGUCUAUGGAGGCUACAUCCACGACUUGGGUGAGCUUUCCAAUGGCCUGUGGGAAUACAAAUUCCUUAGCGGGCGGUGGAUCAAGCUCGGACCGAGAACAGACGCAGAUGCAAGGAACAACUCCAUGGUAUUUGAGCCUGAUCCUUCUGAAGCCAUCGUUUUCCCAGCAGAGAUCCCUGUCCCACGAUUUGCUCACCAGGCAACAGUUCGAUGUGCUCCCGAGCGUGGAAACCUGGGAGGGGAACCAAGUUGUGCCAUGUACAUUUUUGGGGGAGCAGGUGGGCCGUCCAUGAUGGAAAGCCUCGGAGAUAUAUGGAAGUUCAUAUUCGCGGAUAAAAAAUGGAUAAAGCUGGGGAAUGUAGGCCCCACACUGGCCAGAUAUGAUGCUGCAGGUGGAAUUGUUGGUGAUUAUUGGCUAAACUUCGGAGGUGUGGGAGAGCAGGGAAUCACAUUCGAUGAGGUGCAGGCCAUCUUCGUUGGUGAUGGGGGUCUGUGAUCCAGUGUGCCAGAGAUGGUGUGGUGUUGUACUUGUCAUGUUUUCCUUUGGUUGUCAUUCCACAUGAAAGCCAUGGGCUUGUGAUCCCAUGGAAAAGAGGAUGGGGGGGUAAAAAGCGUGUCGCAAUCUAUCUGACGUCUGCUGGUUUCCGGUCCCUGGUGAGGGAAACAUUUCAUCAUCCUGCAUCCAGUUUGCAGAUGUUUUCGCCUUGCGAAUUGGCUGGCACGAACGUGACACCGCCGUUGUACUUUUAUGGUAGAUUGAUUGGAAAAGGAAGUCAGUAAUGUACAAAAUACAAUACAAAUAGAGAGACAGGCGGAUGUUGAAGGAAUCAACACCAGGGAGAGAGCAUCAGUUUGGCUGUUGGAGUCACCUUUGAUGGUCAGCAAGCAGGCAGGGAAAGCUUGGACAAUGUGCACCUGAUUAACUAGCACGGUUCCUAUAUGAUAAUUUUUUCCAAAUCGUGCCAUUUCUUGCGAUCAUAGCGGACAUUGCUUCCAGUCGCCAAGGAAUACUAACUGAGGUUUGGUAACUUGCAGCUGUGGCGCAUGACUAUCGGUGGCAGAGCCGCAACUGGACGGCAUGAAUUCGGGUUAUGGGGCAGAAAUGGCAUCCAGAAGCUUGGCCUACUGGAGGAGCUAUGCAUGCUUGGAUUUGAUUUGCUCCUUUUCAAGCACUUCAGAGGAGAUUGUGAACUCCUGAGGAUUCCAUAUUUCAUCUGUGGGAUCAUUAGCAAGAUGACCUGACUUUAGGAUACUGGGCAUGAGACUUCAAGGAGGUGCUUUUACUACAGGGUUCUGCAGUGGUCCUCUGUCACAUAGGACAGGCACUUGGAAAGGAAUGCAGGGAGAUUGCCAGCCUUGUUUCCGUUCCCCGCCCCACGCUGUGAACCCGCUUGACUAAGGCUUCUGGAAUAUGUGAAUCUGCUUCAUCUGCCGAACGAAGGCUGAGCAAGUCACAGUCAUGUAAAGCUGUGAAUAUUUUAUUGCUUCAAUUCAGUAGUUCACUGCGACCGAAUGAGAUAUCCACAGAGAAUCGAUGAGUUGCUGCAGCAGAGCCAUGGGGUGAAGUGUCACCAUCUGGGGAAAUGUGGAACUGCCCUUUUGACCCUGAACUUGAACCUGAAGACCAAAUGGCAUGCCCAGGUUUUGAGUGGAUUGGGCCAUUUCAAGCAGCCGUUUAAGAGUUUGAAUUCCAAAAGGUUGGCAUGUGUAACCCUUCCCAUUCAGUUCCAAGUCCCAACGAUAGUAUAUGUAAUGCCUGUGAAGGUUAUGACAAUGUCUCAGAUGCUCAAGACAGGACAUACCUGGAGGUUAUUGACGUUCAAAUGGUAUAUGCACAUGCAGGUACAUUGUCAUUGUGAUAUAUAUGGCAUUGCCAUGAGCUUUAGGGCACACCAAGAUAUUCGCCUCCCUUCCGAACCAACAGAAAAGGCUCUUUAGGGUGUCCUUAAUUGGAUGCGGAAACCCGAAGGAGCAUAUGCAAAUCACAUGGCUGACACAACCAUACAAUGGCUCGAGCAAGGAGCGUGAAGUGUUGGAUCAGAUUUGGGAGUGUAGCAAGCAAGCACAGCAACCAUUAGCUUUUUAGAUGUU